AUGACUUGUACAAAAUCAGUAAUUAUUAAGCGUACUACUUCUCGUGAUUCUAAAAUAAAAAUAUUAUUAGGGCUAGUGCUCAUUGGAGAAGCGAUGCAAAAUCUGAAGACACUCGACAACAAGUCAUCAGAAACUGGGAUAAUGAUCGUGGAGGGCUUUGACUAUUGGGACGAAAUCCUCCAUCAGAUUGGAAGGAACCAUGGUUCAAGGAUCUAUUACCGGCACUUGAGCAAGGAAGAAUUAUCAAAUGGGGUUGAAUUCGGAACCACAUAUAAAACUUUCCCAAUUAAUUCUCCCAAGUAUCUGUCCUAUCUCUUAAAAAGCUUUAACUCACUUGGUGGAUCCACUAAAUGCAUCUCUUUAUCUCAUAUCAAAGAUGCAAAAUUUGAAAAUACCGAUAUAGGACAAAUAAUAUUGGUGCAAUUGCCUGUUGGACACGUAAAUUGGACAUUUGAACGAUAUGCAGCUGGAAGGAUAGAUGGUGGCAUGCACAGAAAAAAUGAGAAACUCAUCUACGUAGUACCGCGUGACAAAGGGGAAGUUGUUUUAGGCGGAACAUAUGUACGUCGUAUUUUCUAUAAAAUUUUUAUUCUUUUUAUUAGACAGUCGAAGCUAUCUUUGACUACUAUCUAUGCCAUGUAG